AUGGCUUCUGUGGACCCCACCAUUGCCUCCACCGUUGCUGCAGCCGACUCGUCAAAAACGGUUUGGGAUGCUUUGCAUACCACUUAUGCUAACAGGUCCCAAACCCGAGUCUUCAACCUGCGUGAUCAACUUGCCCGCGUCACUAAGGAUACUCACUCCAUCACCGAAUAUCUUUACACCAUUGGGUCUCUUUCAGAUAAGUUACCCACUGUCGGUGCCCCUGUGUCCAACCCUGAACUCAUCGUCAAAAUACUCAAUGGUCUAGGACCUGAGUUGCGUGAGAUCUCUGCUGCCAUCCGUGCACGUGACACGACUAUCACCUAUGAAGAAUUGUUUGAAAAACUACUUGACCAUGAACUUUUUCUCCGUCACGAAGAUGCUAAGAAGCUGUCCAGCCCCAUAACCGCUGCCCGAUUGCCACUCCCACCAAACCUAACACCAAUAAUCGCAACAACCGUAGGCAGAACAACAACUCUCAGUAAUGGCACCAGAAUCCACGCCCCAUCACUCAACAACAGUGGCAGUCAAACAUGA